AUGGAUCUCCGAUCUCUCCUCCGGCCAGCUUCCCAGCUGCUCACUCCCCUCCGCUGCCUCUCCGCCCCCAGAGCAGCAGUAACUACCGUCUUCACCUCCUCCCGCGGCCACAAAACCACCGCCCGCACCAAGCGAGCCCUCAAGAUUUCCCCCCACGACUCCUUCCUACCCUCCCGCACCACCGAAUUCCCCGCCGCCGACUCCAUCAUCUACAAUCCUCCCGCGUCAGAGGCCUCGCCUUCGCACACGCCAUUCAUCUUCCUCCCGCGCAACGACCCGCGCCGCCUCGCCAUCACGCGCCUACGCAGCACCGCAAGCAACCCCACGGCAUACUCACAGACAAACGGCGAGUUGCCUCCCGAGAUGCGUUAUAAGCGCCGCCAGCCCAAAUACAACCUGACAAAGGAGCACAUCGAGGAGAUGCGCCGCCUGCGCAACGAGGACCCUCUGACGUGGAGCGUGCAGAAGCUCGCCCGCAAGUUCGAGUGCUCGACUGUUUUCGUGCAGAUGGCUGCGCCGGCGCCGCCGGAGCACUUGCAGUGGCUCAAGGGCAAGCUGGAGAGGAAGAUGGAAAGGUGGGGGCCGAAGAAGACGGCGGCGAGGGAGGAUAGGAAGAGGAGAGCCGAGAUGCUGUACCGGGGCGAGUUAUAG